AUGAAGACCUCAUUCUUUACUUUGGCCGCAGCAGCUAGUUCUGCCGUCGCCAAAGUUCAAUACGCAGGCAUCAACAUCGCCGGCCUCGACUUCGGCACGGAUACCUCUGGAGGCUGCACCGUGUCCAGCGCCGUCGACCCCGGCUCCGAUGGAAUUGCUCAGAUGCAGCACUUCACCAACGACGACGGCCUGAACGUCUUCCGUCUGCCGGUCAGCUGGCAGUACCUGCUCAACGGAAACCUUGGAGGCACCUUGGACUCGACGAAUUUUGCUACGUACGACAAGCUUGUUCAGGGGUGUUUGAAUACCACCGCGACGAUGUGUAUCAUCGAUUUGCACAACUAUGCUCGCUGGAAUGGCAAUAUUGUGGGACAGGGAGGUCCGACGGAUACUCAGUUUGCUUCGUUGUGGUCUCAGAUCGCGAGCAAGUAUAAGAAUAACCCAAAGGUUGCCUUCGGCGUCAUGAACGAACCCCACGACGUCGACAUAACAACCUGGGCCACCACCGUCCAAGCCGCCGUAACCGCCAUCCGCAAAGCCGGCGCCUACCACCCCACCCACGCCAUCCUCCUCCCAGGCAAUGACUGGACGCACGUCUCGGCCUUCAUCGACAACGGCUCCGGUGCGGCCCUCUCCAAGAUCAAAAACGUCGACGGCACCACCCACAACCUCAUCUUCGACGUGCACACGUACCUCGACUCGGACGGCAGCGGGACGCACACGACCUGCACGACGAACAACGUCGACGCGUUCGAGAAGCUGGGCGAUUGGUUGCGGACGGAGGGCCGGAAGGCGAUUUUGACGGAGACGGGCGGUGGGGCGAGUGAUGCUUCUUGUUUGACGAUGUUGUGUGAGCAGUUUGAUACGAUGAAUAGUUAUAGUGAUGUCUUUCUUGGGUGGGUGGGUUGGGCGGCGGGGAAGUUUAAUGUCAGUUAUGAGUUGAGUGAGACGCCGACGUUGAGUGGGAGUGCGUGGACGGAUCAGGAGCUUGUGAAGCAGUGUAUCGUGGGCAAGUUUAAGGAGUGA